UUGGCAUGAACAGGAUGUCUUGGACUUGGAUCAAAAAUCCAGCCCAGCCUAAGCCUGUCAUGGCGGAAGGCAGCAGUCAGGACUCGGGAGUCAGCUAGUCACCGACCCUCUUCCCGUAUUUCCGUCCUCUUUCUGUCUUUCAGUCCGAGUUGCGAAUCGUGAAUCUCUUUCUUUCUUUCUCAAUCGUCUUCUUCUCUUCGGCACCUACCCUUUUCCUCCUUCCUGUUGCAGGGUCACGAAUCAAAUAAAGAGUAGGAGCUUCCUUUUCGUCUCUUCCUCUCACCACUUGGUGGACUAUGAAGAAACAUUUUGAGUUGUACAUGUUAGGAAAAUAAGUUGGAAUUUGGGUAUAGUUACGGCAUGGCUCCUGCACAAGUCUUAACUGAUAUAGAAUCAGAAAAGAAACCAGAUCCCACCCCAGAAGUUGAUGCAGGGGAAGCAAAUAGGGUUCCCUUGACAUUCCAAGAUGAGAAGGGACUGAAGUGUAUGAACAAUUGUGAGGAUACUACCUUUGAUAUGGAAAACUUGUUGGAUCAACAUACAGAGUCAGCAGAUGAGACAUCGGAUGUGGAUGUUGAUAUCGUUGGCUGUUUCAAUGCUAAUGAGAUUGGUUCUGCUGAAGCUAAAGAGACAGAUGCUACUGAGUAUUCGAGCUCUUUUGCUGACACAAAUACUGAAAGCGAAGAUAAUACAAGGCUGAGUGACACUGAAGUGGAGUCUCAAUUCUGUGGUGACAAUGCGCCAACUUCUACUUUUGUUGAUGGCUUUAAUAGUGUUUUUGAGAAAAGGUUGUUCCAAUUUUCCAGGAAGAAGAAGUUGACAGCUCAUUGGAGAAGGUAUAUACAACCUUUAAUGUGGCGGUGCAAGUGGAUAGAACUGCGGAUAAAGGAACUUCAGUCACAGGCAUUAAAAUAUGACAAAGAACUUGCCGAAUAUGAUCAAGGAAAGCAAUUAUAUUUUGGGGAGCAUGCAUUAGAAGAUAGUGCUAUGAGAGCACUGCCAUUUUCUAGACAAAGCAGAAAUGAAGUCAUGAAAAGGAGGAGAAGAAAGAGAAGAGAAGACACAAUUGAUAUACCGUCAUAUAUGUCAAGCCAUGGCCUCUUCUCCUAUUAUGAGAACAGGAAGUCUAAUCCAGAUGGUGCUUCUUUGGAUGAUGAUUUUGGUAAUCAAGUGAUUGCAGCAGAUCAGAAUAUUAAUGGUAAUGAAGAGCUUGGUGCUAAUUACGAGUGGUCAUCACUUGAGUUUAAUAAUCCUCCGGAGCAGAUCCUUUGGAAGAUUGAAGUUUUGCAAUCUCGAGUUAUCAAGCUGAAAACUCAGCUUGACAAGGUUAUGUGCAAAAAUGCUGGUAAGUUCUCAUCUGCUGAGAACUUAAGCCUUCUUGUGCCAUCUGAUGUGCCCACCAGCUCUGCACGAACUCCUAAUCUUCCUCCUGGCAAUGGAGACAUAACACCAGUUGGAACUUUGUAUACACCACCUCAACACAUUUCAGAAUAUGAUCCAGAUCUCGUUAUGCCUGAAAGUGCAGUUUCAAGUCAUGGAGAAGCUACUCCACAUCCUGAUAUAAUUGAAAGCACAAUGGGAUUAUUAUCUGCUGCUAAUGUUGCACUGGAUCAACCACAGAUGGGAGAUUCUUGUCAUAAUAUGGUGGAUGAUAUUCUGAUCCAUAAUCAGGCAGCACAGGAAGAGUUUCAUAAUUUUGAAAGGAUUAGUGGUCAGCCCAUAGAGAAGCCUCAGAAAAUGAUGAAAGAUCAAGAGGAGAUUCUUCCAGUUUCAGCAACCGAACCUGAUCUAGCCCCCAAAAUUGCCAAGGAGCAAUCGACAGUUAAUGCCUCUCCAGCCUCUGAGUUUAAAGCUCCAAAGAACAAGAGAAAACGAGGAGACCGAAAAGCUUAUUCAGGUGGUUGGAGUAGGAGAUCCUCAGGAAAGCAGCGUAAACAUCGAGUAUGAAGCUCUUAUCUAGAAGUGAUAUGCUAAGUUGUGAAAAUUAUACACUAGAUGAAAGAUUUUCUGGAAAGUACUGGAGAUUCAUUGCAGAAAUAAUUGUAAAUUGUAAGUAUUCACUCCAUUGUUCCUUCCCUGUAAUUUCGUACAAGCCAAGGGAAUGUGAAGUCAUGUAUCUAAUCUUUCUUUAUCUGUGAUAACCCACUUCAAGAAAAUACCCUCCUAUCUUCACUUCCA